AUGGGGAACGUGUUGGAGUCGGUGGUGUCGGGGUUCACCAAGGUCCUCGCCGGCCUCCUCUCCAAGCCCAUCGACUUCCUCUCCGGCAAGGCAUGCAGCACGGUCUGUGGCCCAACAUGGGACAUCUUCUGCUACGUCGAGAACUUCUGCGUCGCCAGCCUCGCCAAGACCGCCGUCACGCUCUUCCUCCUCUACCUUGUGCUCCUCUUCUUCUACGUCGUCUACAAGCUGGGCAUAUGCCGCUGCGUCGGCCAUGUGAUCUCCAAGAUACUCUGCUCCUGCCUCUCCUGCUGCUCCUCCGCCUGCAAGCACGGCUGCGCGCGUAUCUGCAACAAGAUGAGGAGCAUCAAGCACGCACGGCAGAGACGACCGAGAAGAAGGCGCCCACGCCACGACGACGACAUCGAACAAGGGCACUUCUCCUCCAGCGACAGUGACAGCGAGCCGCCAGAGGAUACUGCUGGUAGGCAUAGAAGACAUGCCGCGGCGAGGCAUGGCAACUCUGAAGGAUCAUCAGUGUCAAGGAGGAGGGUUUAUCUGGAGAGGUCCCUCAGGCCCAGGAACCACCGGGUCACCGUCGGCGUCAGCCGUCGCUCCGACGCCGUCAUCAAGGAGGGGAAGGAGCCCAGGGUGAGCCACAGGCAUGAUGGGAGUCACAGGGAGCUUCACCAUCACCACGGCAUCAAGGUGACACACACCUCCCGGUUCGCGCGCAAGGCCAGUGCAAGGAGCAGGAGUACUCUUAGAGCUUGAAACAAUCCCACGGUUCACUUCUUCUGUGAAGACCCAAGGCUAUGGAGGUUUCAACAAGAACAUUGUUGUAUUGUUUUGCAACACUGAACAGCACUACUCUAGCCAUGUCUGAGACCAACAACAGAUUCCAGAAAAUUCACCAGCAUAACUCCCCUUGUUUUCUUGACCAAACAUGCACAUCUUACA